GUUCUUUAGGACUAUACAAACGAGGCCGGAUCACGGGCUCAUGACCGUGUCGCGCCGGAUGAUCCCGCAGCGUUCGCGGCUCAGCCGGCGGCCGCGGUCGCCCUCUGACGUCACCGGGGCCAGCGAGUGACGUCACUGGGCGAGGACCAACGUCACGGUCGGGUCAUGGCGAGGGGAGGACUGGGGACGGUCCGCGGCGCCGGGGCCGCCAGCGCACUCCGCCAGACGACAGCAGCGGAGCAGGGCGGCGGCGACGGCGCCUCCCGACAUCUGAGGCAGGACAGCUUCAGGUGGACAUUUUCGGCCCCGAGCACACCCGUGGCCCGCCGGCGGACCUCGACAGAUUGGCCACAGACAAGACCCUGAGCAGCUGCCCGACUGAGAUCGCCCGGUGACAGCAGAAAUCAACAUGACAAAGAGAAUCAGCCGAGCGCUGGUGGCGGCCCUGGUGGUCGUACUCGCCCUCGGAGCCGCUGCGCCGGGAACACAUGGAGCCACAGUGCGCGAUGGCGCGCACUCCAUUCACCGCCGAGCCAUCGCCACUGGAAGCAGUCGGCCGCAGCUGUCGCCCCAUCUCUGUCUCAGCAAGGGCUGCGUCAAAGCCGCGUUCCACGUUCUGGACAAGAUGGACACAUCGGUCGACCCGUGCGACGACUUCUACUCGUUCGCGUGCGGAUCGUUCAUCGACCGCACCGUCAUCCCGGACGAGAAGAGCUCCGUGUCGCAGUUCAGCCUCAUCGACGACGAGCUCAACCUCAACAUGAGGAAGCUGAUCGACGCUCCCGUCCAGGCGCAGGAUCCGCCAGCGACAGUCACACUGAAGAAAUAUUUCAGCAGUUGCAUGGAUAAAGACGGCAUCGAGAAAAAGGCCCUGGACCCGAUGAAGAGCAUCCUGAAGAGAAUGGGAGGCUGGCCAGUGUUGGAAGGUCUUUCGUGGGACGAGAGCUCCUUCGACUGGGCCGAGGCCAUCUACCGGAACCGAGAGCUGGGCUUUCCCAACAGCUACGUGUUCAAGUUCAGCGUCACAGCCGACAUAAAGAACUACACUCGCCGCAUGGUGAACGUCAACGACGCCUCGCUGGGUCUCGGCAGAAAGUACCUCAUCAAAGGCUUCAACGACUCCGACGUCCAGGCCUACUACAGCUACAUGGUGGACAUGGCCGUCCUGCUCGGCGCCGAGCCGGAGAAGGCCAAAUCCGAAAUGGAGGACGCCCUCCGCUUCGAAAUCGAGCUCGCCAACAUUUCGCUGCCGGCCGAGGAGCGGCGCAACAUUUCACGUCUGUACAACCGGCGCACACUGGACGAGAUGAGCAGGGUGGCGCCGGGCAUCCCGUGGCUGACGUACACCAACCGUCAGCUACAGCCGGCCGGGCACACGGUCUUUGGAAACGAAUCGAUCAACGUCGAGUACAUCGAUUAUUUCAAGAACUUCAACGCCCUGCUGGAAACUACACCAAAGAGAGUACUGGCCAACUACAUGCUGUGGCGGGCGGUGCGCUCUUCGGUCGACAACCUCAACAUGGCGGCACGCGACGCACGCCUCAAGUUCUUCGCCCAGGUGUACGGCAGCACGGAGCACAAGCCGCGCUGGAAGGAGUGCCUCGAGGACACCAUAUCCACGAUGCACAUCGCCGCAGGCUCCCUGUACGUGAAGAACCACUUUGACGAGGAUUCGAAGAAGGCCGCCCUGGAGCUCGUGGCGGACGUGCAUCAGCAGUUUAACAUGAUGCUGCAGGAACUCAGCUGGAUGGACGACACCACCAAACAGCGAGCGAUGGAGAAGUCUGACGCGAUCGAGUAUUACAUCGCCUACCCCGACAAACUACUCAACGAAACACUAGUCGCCGAAUACUACGAGGAACUGAGCGUCAGUGAUGACGACUACUUCCAAAACACUCUGAACGCCCGCGUCUUCUUCACAAACAAGUCAUUCCAGAAACUACGUGAGCCAGUAGACAAGAAAGAUUGGAAACGUCACAGCAAGACUGCUGUCGUCAAUGCCUUUUACAGCGCGCAAGAUAACAGCAUCAGUUUUCCGGCUGGAAUUUUAAGAGGCGUGUUCUACGGCAACGAUCGACCAAAAUAUUUGAAUUAUGGAGGCAUUGGGUUCGUCAUUGGUCACGAAAUCACCCACGGAUUCGACGAUCAGGGUCGUCAAUUUGAUGCUGAGGGAAAACUACAGGAAUGGUGGCAGCCGGAGACGCGCAACAAGUUCCUCGACGGUGCCCAGUGCAUCAUCCAGCAGUACGGCAACAUCACUGUCGACAAGGCCAACAUGAGCGUGAACGGGAUCACCACUCAGGGUGAGAAUAUCGCCGACAACGGCGGCAUGAAGAUCGCGAGGCGCGCCUACCAGCUGUACCAGCAGAAGGCGGGCCGCGAGCCGGCGCUGCCCGGCCUGCAGCACUUCACCAACGAGCAGAUGUUCUGGCUGGGCGCCGCCAACGCCUGGUGCUCCGUCUACAAGGAGGAGCGGCUGCGGCUGCUGCUGCUCACCGACAGCCAUGCGCCCUCGUUCGUGCGCAUCAACACGUCGCUGCGCAACACGCGCCUGUUCGCCGAGGACUGGCAGUGUCCGGUCGGCUCGCGGAUGAACCCCGCAGACCGCUGCGGGGUCUGGUAGCCGUCGCCGAGACGGGCCCGACCGGCGCGAAUCGCCGGGAAACUCGCAAACGCGGGGUCGCACGCGGGUGAGGGAUUCUUCGCUACUUUGUUUUUUAUACAUUUAUCAUCAUCGCGCUGAAAUAAAUGUUUGUGUCUAUU